AUGGGGAAGCGGGUCAAGCUUCAGGGAGACGGACACGUGGUGGCAGUGUGUGUCGUCCCCAGCGAUGAACUUCCUCAGCUUCCUCCCAAACCUCGGGAAGCAGCUGUCCUGUACAAGGAGUCCUGCGCAAAAGCCCGCGCAGAGGCGGUGCAGGAAGCUGCAGCCAGAGGUCAGGAUCCGGAGCCGGAGAAGGCGGAGGCCCCUUUUGAGAGCCUCAGUGCCAAAAAGCAAAAGCCGUACUUGGAUCAGCAGCAGCGAGAUCAACAGCACUUCGAGGCUGCACAGAAAGAGCACCUGGAGGCCGAGAAGGCUCUGAGACCGAAGCUGGGCGAGGUGCUGCUCUGCACCUCAGGCGGCUCGGUGUUGCGCCUCCCGGUGAUGCGCGUCCGGGUGAUGAAGCCGAUGAAGCGGAGCCAGGGACGAUUGAUGAAAGUGCAAAGUCCUGACACACUGGUUUCAGCCUCGCUGAUGUCAUCAGUUGACGAUGAGAAGGAUGGUGCGACUGUCGGUGAAGAGCAAGAGCAAGAUGCGGUGCAGGAGGUGGAGGAGGACGAGGGCGAGGAGGAAGAGGAAGAAGAAGAUGAUGAGUAG